CAUCCAGCUCCCUGCUCCGCGCGCGUGCAGCAGAUCCUGACAGUCUUACAGUUAUGAAUGUGUCUUGGCAAUAUGGAGUUGUCCAAUAACCAAAAACAGACUCGAGGGGACAAAAGUCCUAAAACAGAGACAAGUAAAGGUCAAUGCGCUGAAGGAGGCGGCUCUCCUGGCACCUCAGUUUACAUUACUGUCAGUGAAAACAAUCCAAAUGUGUCCUCAGAGAAUCUACUGUCUCCAAAUACCCUGGACAUACCUUCCCCAGACAUCAGUUCCAGUCUCUCUGAUGGGUGGACUCAAGACUUUAGCUAUGAUUAUGUUAAAAAGAGCAGAACUCACGACUGCGUGAUGGAAAUUAGACCAGAUAGCCCAUUAAGUCCUGAGAGCAGAGAUCAAGCAUGUUCACCAUCCAUGUAUCAUCACACCAGGCUUGUUAACAGUGCUAGCUUUCCUGAAUUUGGUGCAACUCAUCGGUUGUUACAUGAAAAUCAGUAUACAUCUGCCAACAACCGGGAAAUCAUUGAUUACCGCAAUCUGACACCUCAAGUGCCGUUUGUGCCUUCCAUCGCCAAGUCCAUUCCAAAGAAAAGGAUCUUUCUUAGGAAGCCCAAAAAGGCCAUCAAAGACCUUUUUGUCCACAAGAAGCACAAUAGUGAGAAAACAACAUCACCACGUACACCAUGUCGUGAAUAUGGACCAACAACAAAACAAACUAAGAAAUCCUCAAGAUGCCGUGAAUCCAGGACUUCUCGCAAAAAGAAUGACACACUUUCCGACUCCUCGAGUGAAGGGUGCGCUAACGUAUGCGAGGAUGCUGUGUCACUGAAAAGCUUCGGCUCACAAGCCGGUUGUGGAGAGAUAUUUGCAGAUGAGGAAUAUCUUGUCUCUCUUGAAGGGAUGCCAAAACUUAAAAUAAGCAGGGAUACCAGCGAAACUCUGAAACGAAGUCCUGCUGCCUUUCAGGGAGGCAUGGAGCAACUAGCAUCACCUUCUCAUCCUGAAGUCUUGGACUUGUUUGGAAUGUGGGACACCAUCAAUAGGACUGUUCUUUUUAGUCAAAGUUCGAGUGAAGAAAUGAAUACAACCUCUACACCAAUUUCUAUAUCAUCCUCCUCAAACGAGACAGCAUAUCCCAUUGAGAAUGAUACGAGCAAAAACAUGACAGAACAAGAAAAUAAUCCGAGUCAUACAGUGACACCAAAAAGUGAGAACCAAGAAAGCACCAGUGAUGAGGGUUACUGUGAUUGUAUUUCUACUGAAGAUCACACCGGGCAAUCUCUAACACCAAUAUUUUCCAGAAAAUUCCCUAGGGACACAUACAGUGGAGAUGCUCUCUAUGAGUUAUUUUAUGAUCCAAGUGAGGCUGAAAUGACCCCAAUUUUUGAUGAUGAGCUGGAUCUACCAAGCAGCAUUAUUGGCCAGCCAAGUCCAGACCUCCCAUUAUCCAUGUACAGCUUCCAUAUUGGAUCAGAAGAGAACCUGGCACCUCCUCUAUCAGUAGACCUCAUUGGUAGCCAUGACUUUCUGCAGAGUAACUGGGUAGGGAAGGACUGCUUACUGAAGCUUUGUGAUACAGAAAUUUCCCUGGCUAUGGGUAUCGUCAACUGGAUGAACCAUAGGAAAAUCAAGGGUAACCAUGCAGAGUUGGGAACUCCAGAGAUUAGCACUGGCGCUAAUGGAGAUGUAUGUCAAGAAGAAAAAGCUCAAAUAACGGAUCUUGAAAAUGUCCCAAGUAAAGCAGUUUUGAGGACCACUCAUAGUAGAGACAACAUACCUGACGUUAAAUUGAGCAAACCUUGUCAAGUAGAUGUUGGUCAUCUCUCAGUGGAUACAGUGAAACACCAUGCUGGAGUGGUUACAACACCAGAGAGCCAACCAAGGACCCCAACAAGUCAUGUAUGCUUCAGAAUAUUCAAUAUCAACUCACCAUCAACACCCAACAAGGAUUUGGAGUCUCCUGUAGGAUGUUCUCCUGGCUCUGGAACGAGUUCCUUGUUUGUGCUGGCCAUAAACAAAGAAUCUCUUUGUGAAUCUUGCAAGGGGUCCCUGAAACAUGGUGCCAAGGAGCUACACUUGUGCCAUUCGUGCACCUCCUUCAUUGAACGAAUAAAGAUGUCAGAGUUGUGGCCUUGUGCUAAUCUUUACCAAGCUAAGCUUGCAGGAAGUCCUCAAGUCUUGCUUCGUUCUCCAAGCAGCAGUUGCGGUAUAGCAAGUGACAUCAGUAUUCUUUCACUAGUUGAGCAGUGUGCUAAUCAGAUGUCUUCGUUGAAGCUUAACCAACAUCCGUCUGAACAUGAAAUGAGAGCUAUCGCCAAUCAAGGAAGUGAUAACUAUCCAAGGAAAGAUCGUGCCAGGAGGUAUGUCAAGUCCAAGCCCAAGAAGAAAGGGAAUGUAACAGGAAAAGUGGGUGAUAGUACAAAUGUCAAAGACCGUUUCAGCCAUGUAGCAUGUAGUCCAUCCCUACUGGAGGCGAAGAGGCUUGGCCUUGUCGCAACCAAUGGAUCAGACAGUUUAGUCCUGGAAGCAUACAAGAGUCCAUGCUACCUACAAACUAAUCCGUUCAAGGACACUGAUGUAUCUCAAGCUUCAAGGCCAACAUCCCUUCCUCUCACAAGUGCUACCUCCUCUCAUUUCUCUAAAAAAGAGCACCACGAUGCCAUCAAGGUCAAAGAAAAAACGCGUGAAAGAUCGCGACGAGACAGAAGACCAGCGGUGAACAGGGAUGGCUUAUCAGACAACGUAACCUCAGAGGAGAAGAAGAUGGAACGAAGGUGCAGGAUGAAGAAAUAAAGCAGAUUCUCAUCUCACAGUCAGAGCGACUUUAUCGGGCAGCUAAUAUCUUCACCAGCUGUCAAAAUGUACAUUUAUAAUGAACAAAUAUGUAAAUUAAUCAUGUAUCUCUCUUCAUUUGUUCUGUUGGAGAAAAUCUGAAUUAUUUCCUUUUUUUGACAUUGUGAACUAAUAUUUUUCUUCUCUUCCUCUUUUUAUUUUGAAGUGAAUAGAGAUUUUUGAUUGACUGAUACAUAAGUGAACACGGUUGAUAUUUUUGUAAACAUUCCCAGUGUUAGAACUCUUUAAGGUUCUGUGUAGAACAGUUUUAGGAAGAGAAGAGUGUGUAGCGUCGUACAGCUGCGUGUGGCGCGUCACUGUGUGUGUGUGUGUGUGUGUGUGUGUGUGUGUUAGCAUCAUAGCUUUGUGUUUAAAACCCAUUAAAGUAAAACUUUAAUGUGUGUUAAUGUAAAUACACAAGUACAGAUAUAAUGAAUAAUAAACCUCACAUAGAAUGAGCUCGUAAACAUUUUAUAAAAAAACCCGAAACAUUUAGACAAGUAAAUAUUUCCCCCCCAAAUUCUCAUUUUAUUAUUCUUCGUAAAGAACGCACAGAAAAAAUUACUUUUCUUUCGUUUAUUAUUUAUUUAUUAACUAUCCUUAGAAGAAAUUACACCAUGGAUUUAUUUAUUUUUAAUUGUUUUAUUUUAUUUUAUUUUUUGUUACAUUUUUAUUAGUUUGGUUUUUACAACCUUUACAUUGACUACCUAUUUAUUAUUAAAUUUAUUAUUUAUUUUUUAAAUGCUCUCUCUCUCUCUCUCAUAUAUAUAUAUAUUCUCCUUAUUUUAAAAAAGCCUUAUUUUCUUUAUAUUAUUUUAUUUAUAUUUGUACAACCUUCAGAUUUGUUACUUCUUCAUUAUUUUUUUAAUUUGUUUACUAUUAUCUAACAUUAUACACAGUGUGUAUGUGUAUUUACAUCUCAUCUCUAUUAUGUUUUUUCUUUUUUUUAAUUUUAUUUCUCCCUUCUUAUUUUUUUCAUAGUUUUUUCUACAACCUUUUUUGUUUUACAUUAUUGAUUUGUUUAUUCCUAAAUAUCUUGAUUAAUGGGGAAAUCGGGAAACCGUAACAGAAUUAUUUGAUUAUUGUAAAUGAAUGAGGAACUUUAUUUCACUGAGAAGGUGUGUGUGUGUGUGUGUGUGUGUGUGUGUGUGUGUGGGGCCAACGUGAUCUGAAUGUAGCAGCUGCUUUUACAACAACCUCAUUCACAUUCACACACACACACACACACACACACACAAAGCAAGCAGGUGUGUGUAUUCAGAUGCCUGCAGUUUAAAUGUAAUGAAUGUAAUUAAAUUAAAAAGGAUGUAGAAUUAAAAUGUCGCUUUGUGUUUAGUUUAAAACAAAUAUUUGGCAUUUUUAUGUUUAAUCUUAAAUUAUUUGCAUCAGAAAUUAAAAUAGAAGUGCUUUUUUUUCCUGUUGCAACAUUCUCAUUGACUUCUCAAUCUUCUCCUUGGAUUACGAUAUAUAUAUUUAUUUAAUUAUAAUUUUAUCACCUUGACUGGACUGAAUUGUUGAUUAUACAGUUAGCAUGUUAGCUUGUUAUUGUUAGCAGCACAUUCAGAGCUAAGUGUGUGUUUCUUCUGAGGAAGUUUCCUAGACUAGGGCAUGUUAAAGAGCGACAGUAUUAUAACACAUUGCACAUUGUGGUGUGCGAAAAGGGACACGAUUCAUCCAAAUGACUAGACGAAGGCAGAAAUAUAAUACAUUUGUAAAUAAAAAACAGUAAAAAAACAGAUUUUUUUGUUAUGUCAAGCAGCUAAUUUAUCACACAAGGUGAACAAUGAAUAACAUUUUAAAUAGCAAUAACACAAACACACGUAAAUGUAAUGAUAUAAGCUGUGACAUUUAGCGUAAGUGUUUAUAGAGUGAUGUUAAGAAUAAAAACUUUUAUAAAGGACGAGUGUUUUGGGGAAACAGCCUUGAAAUGUAGCCGUGAAUCUGCUCGUAUUUCUCGUGGAAGUGUUUUAUUGGUGUCGUUUCUCAGGUGAAUCAGUGAAAUGAAUCGAAUCAGUAAAUGAAUCAGUGAAUGAAUCAGUGAAUGAAUCAUCGCAUGUGAGACGAUCCUGUAGCGCACUAACGGUUUAUAGAUGAUAAAUAUCGUGUAAUAAACAUGUUGCAUGAUGUGUUUUUUAGGUGAUAUAAAGGCAUUAGUUUAGAAAAUUAAUAUUAUUUUACUGGAAAUUAUUAUUAUUAUUAUUAUUAUUACUAUUGUGCAAUAUCUCUGCCAGUGUCAGUGAUACAGAAUAAGAAGGUGAUUAAUAAACUUAAUCAA